AGACAGACACUACUUGAACGUAUAGUGGGCCGAGGCAAAGACGAUCCACUCAUCACAGAUAGAGAAAGUAAGAUCGAGGCACUCUGUACAGAUUAUGUAGGGAUUACCCUGCAAGCCAACACACCACAGCGUUGUUGUGCUGAGGGUGGGGAUGGCGUCCUUGGGGGUAAGGGGGUCGACGGAGGAAAGUGCUCAGGGGGGAGGGAGUGACAUCCUGGCGAGGUACCAGGACAGGAUCAAGAGAGGAGUUACCUUUACAGAGACAGAGAGGACCGUGUGGGGGUCGGAUGUGUAUCCUAGCAGCAGAGAGAGAUCGGGGUGGGGGUCGGAUGUGUGUCCUAGCGGGGUGAGAAGGGACAGAGGGCUGGAGUACACCAUUAUACCAACGGGAAGACACCAUCGGGAUGAGCGACGGGACGUGUUUGACCGAGGAACCACGUCAAUUUAUACGCCAGAAAGACGAAAACAGAUUGAAACCAUGGAACUAAAGGGAAGUAAUGUUACAGACUCUAAUUUUCGUCUGCCUCGGAUUGUAGUCCGUGAUGUGGUCGGGCGGGAGCUGGAUACGUUCACGACGUUGCAGGAAGCUAUAUACAGAGCUCAGUGGAACGUACGGACAACGUGCGAGUCCCGUUCCCCAAGAGAAUGGCGUCUCCCUAAAGCUCCACUUCCUUCACGACCAGACUACUCCAGACAAGUACCCCAAAACUCUACGACCAGACCGGAGUACCGCCGCACACCCCGGGUAGCCCAGAGCGCACCCCCGGGCUCAGUGGUGGAAAUUGGAGUUGAAGAUGUUUCGUUUGUGGCCGAAAGCCUACGCCAACUUCCCAGACUGUCAGCAUUCAACAAUCUCUACAGCCAGAUUGGCGGCAGCAGUGACCGCAUCUACUUCCACAUCGUUGCAAGACUGCUGCUGCAUCAGAAGGUGUUCCCCGCCGAUGACAAGCGAGAGGCUCUGUAUGAGUUCCCGGGCUUCUGCAAAGGAUGUCGCCGGGCAGGGUUCUGCUAUGGCUGCAACAAGGCCACCACAUUCCACGUCCACCAUGACCAGCCGGUGAAGACAGGGGGAGGCUACACCUACUGGAAGAGGGACCGACCAGAGGGAGAAGAUGAGUCCAAACACCCGUCCAGCUGGAUGCCUCGGAUCCCUGAGGAGGAACUCAGGCUGCUGCUGGAAUCGGAGCAUGCGAUGUCGCAGGCUGCGAAGGACGCGCUGUGGACGCGGCUGAUUGCCCACUACCCCUGGCUGUAUGACAUCCCUUUGAAUGAACUAACUCUGGAGAAAAUGAAGGAACUAGGACUAGUGUCACCAGCUGCUGGGGAUGAGGUUGGGGAGGAAGGUGGGGAUGAGGGUUACAAGCCGAGCAUGGUCCGGAUUCCAGAAGUGGACACGGACUCGGAUGCUAUGUCUUACACCAGGCUGGAGAAGAUCCUACAGACCAGGGAUGCCACCAAGAAGAAAUAUACCUUCAAGCUGAAGAAGAAGGUGAAGAAGGAGGAGAGUGUUCCAACAGAACCCACCACAAGGCAGACCACACAGACCAUUUCCAGACCCGACACUGACCGGCUACGAGGCUGGGACAGUGACAGCAUGUACGACACCAGCAACAUCGUCGACUCUGACAAGGAGGAAGAUACUACUGAAACAGAUUCAAAGAAGCAGAGUUUGUAUAAAGCACCUAGGUUCUUCAAGGUGAAGAAGAAGCAACGUCAGACCAUCAUGUCAAGGUCACCCUUCUCCACCGACCGCCAGUAUGACAUCCCUAAAGGAAGACCCCUGGACAUCAAGAAGGGCACCAAGUCCACCACAGAGUUCAUGGACUUCAAGAAGUCUGCAUCAAACUGGAAGGCACCCCGAAAGUUUGAGCUUCAGCAUACUGAAAAGAAGAGUACAUCCUUCUGGCAGCCAAGGUCAGGUGGAGGUCGCGGCGAGAACAAAGGUCAAAGACAGGAAGAUGAAGCCAAUUACUUGUCAGUGCUGGAGAGGAAACGGAGAGAGUUGGAGAGAAGCUUGUCGCCUGACUCAGGGCUGGACAGUGAGGUGGUGACAGUUUCAGAAUCAUUGAAGGAGUCCACAGAAGACAAUUUCAGAGACUCAAUACAACAAAACACAGAAACUGAUUUGGAGUUACCGGAUCUAGGACAAGAUCAACAAUUUGACUCCGGUAAGGAGACCAGCACUACAGAAAGUCCACGCCAGUCCCUCAGUCCCGAGAGCCCCAAGAAGCAGAGAUCUGCUAUUGUCAAGAAAGAACGAUCACCGAUACAGUUCACAAGGCGGAAGUCUUCCCCUGAGGUAACCCCCGAGCCUGAGGAGACCAAAUCUGUGGAUGAUUGGAGCCCUAUACCCCCCAGCAGGGAGAGGACAUUGACCCCACCACCUCAGGAGGAGUACGUCCCCACCACCAGCAUGCCAGAUCUCCCCCAGUAUAGACAGGAGCAAAAGGAGGGAAAAACGUCUAAGGCUCAGAGGUUCUUCGUCGAGGGACCCCCUGAGAUGAAGGCUCCCCCGAAGAAGAGGAAAGCUGCCCCGAAAGUCAGAAAACUGCCCAAGAUGCACUAUCGUAAAAAGUCACGGCCCGCUGAAGCCCCAAUGUCGGCUGGUGCACUUCAGGAAGUCAGUGAUCCACUUGACUUCCUUGCCAAAUACUGCAUUAUCAAUCCCAACCGCCUGCCAUUCUAUGAGGUCAUCUUUGAGAACAUGGUAACCGACCAGACACCAAGGUAUGAGCUCCUGCAAGCAGCAAGUGAACCAGUGGAAAGAGAGGUCACAGAGGGGGUCAAGGACAAGGACAAGGACAAGGUCAAGACCAAGGGCAAGAAGUCUUCAAAGAAGUCGGAGGAGGAGGGUUUGUCUGAACAUGAACUGAAGCUGGCACGGGACAUGCUGCUCAUCAACCACAGACAGGGCAUCACAAGCAGCAUCGGACAGAAUGCCCCCGAGGAGUACCGCGAGAAGAUUGUGUACACGCUGGAGACUCUGCAGGAGAAGGCCAGGGGACUGGAGACUCAGCUCACGCAAUUAGACAUGCGGCGAGUGUCGACGCUGGCGGAGAGCACCAGGACCCUGCUCCCAGACGUGUGUGCCCACGAUUACAUACCCCCAGACAAGAAGAAGGGGAAGAAAGGGAAGAAAUCUAAAAAAGACAAGGAGAUGGAGAUGGUAACACCGCGGCGCCGAGGGGAACCAAUUCCGGAUGAGGUGAUUGUGGAGAGACUGACUGAUGCCCAGCUCACUAUGUUGAGUUCUGAUCCGGAGGUCCGUCAGCUGAACCUGGAGGGGGAGAGGACCAGGGAGAAGAUCCAUGAUGUCCACAACCGCCUUCAGCAGCUGGAAGGUGAGAAGCUCCUCCUGGACAUCCUCAGUAAUGAAGUGUUCUUCACCAGCCAGGCAGACAACCAGAGGUCAUCAGGAUUCCGUAGACAGCAGAGUCAGCUAUACAAUAAGCUCCAUCCAGACCCGGACUACGAGAUGAACCUGGAGCUGGUGGAAGAGGCCCUGCAGCAGAUCAACAACCACCUGCUGACAGACCAGGAGUUCAAGUACCUCUACUUCAUUCUGGACUUGCCUGGGAGGUCCAAGAUAAAUUUCCGCUUGUUUUCGGUGAUAGCAGCGCUGUCAGAGAAGGUCACACAGAUGGAUCCGGUAUUGAGGAACCUGCUCAACAAAUUUGACUACAAUGCCCUGGACGUCAAGAUGGAAAAGUGCAAGGAGUUGUUCAGCCUGCUGAAGGAUGAUGACAUCAGUACUCCUGCUGGGGGAGCUCCUGCCUCCACCCUGGCACUGGAGCUGACUGCUGGAGGUCUGAGGCCAGAACACAUCAGCUAUGUCCUGAGCAAGUUCAACCGUGAGGGAAAGGGGAUGUUUGACUUCAUGGACUUUGUGACGUACAUACCGCUCUUCAUCGAGAUCCACCAGCGCAUCGUGCAAGACCCUCUCUGUGUGGAACACACCAUGUGAUGCUGUAGCUACGGCAACCAAAUCAAUAUUCAAUGUAAAUAAUCUGUAAAUGAUGACAUCAGCACCCUACCCUAUGAACUCGCCCGAAAUACUCUUAUAUCAAAGGGGCCCAAGUGGCCAGCUGGUCCAGUUUAGCUGUGAUAGGAUCCAGAAGGCAUGGGUUUGAAUCCCUCCAUGAUACAGGUGUAACUUAUAAUACUGUUGAAGUAGAGAGUGCACUAAAGUAAUCUCAGUGCUGAAGAUGCAAGGAUCCUGAUUCACAUCUUUCUGUGGACUCAUCGCUUGUCACCCAGAUGUAGAUUAGAUCACCUACAAGCACCUGCCAUCAUUCUUCUUCAUUGACCAAUGUAGAUCUGUUCAUCCAUGGAGGAGGGACUGGACUUUAGUGUAUCUAUACAUAUGUUUCUGACCACAUACCAUCUUUCUGCAUUUAAAAUACAACCUAUGUCACCCUAUUGUUUAAACUGUAGAUUAUCAGUAACGAAUGGACAGUUUACUGACCUACUUUCUGCAAUGCACAUUUUAAGCCCCUGCAUUGUUUCUAAGGCUAAAAGAAAUAAUAGUCUUGGUUCUCAGGCACCACCCGCAUCAUCAUAAAGUCACCCGCACGUUUUGUUUUUAUUUCCAUUUUCCCAAAAACUUACACAGUUACUUCCCUUUACUGUGCAUCUCACGUUAUGGUCAUGGUGGCAAUAGGAGUUUGUAAACUUGCCUAUGUAGGAAGGCCCUUUCCUAGGUUGAUGGUACACAACUGUUUAUAUGGUUACAUACUAGUUUGAACAAGCAAAAGCAAGCACUAUAUUUUCAAAAGUCAUUGCCUGAGAACCAAUUCCUUUAUUUUUUUAAGCCUAAUCAUGUGCGGUAUGAAUAUACAGGCUAGAUCAAAUGCAGCACAGAUAUCGAAGCAUCAAGUUAAAGAUUCUCAUGUAUUAUGAAUGCACUACAUGAAAUGCCCAUGCCACAUAUGUUUGUUGUACUUAUUAUAAUUUUCAGGCAGUAUUUUAAAUCUGAUUAUGCAGUAUUUUGUUACUUGGAUGUAUUUAAGUCAGAUAACACACUCAUAACUAGACAUUUGUUACAAAUUCUAUACUCACCAGCUUUGCUUGCUUGUACAUUAUUUGUAGAGAAUUUCCACUGGUACUUGUGAGUUAUCCUUCAUUGACCGAUGUUCAUUCGUUUUAGGGAUAGAUGGACUUUAGUGUAUCUAUAUAUAUAUAUGUUUCUAACCCUGUUUUUCUUGUUCUGCUGUGCAAUGCAUUCAUCUUUGUCUCUGUGAUACUUGCAAUUAUGUAAGACGUAUGUGAAUAAAGGUUCGUGCCUCAAAUACUGUGAUAAGUAAAUAAAGUUGCCUGACCUUCA